GAGUUUCAUGAUGUAUUUCACGGCCUUCAACUUCUGAUUUCCUUUCUCAGAACUACAACGUAGUAAUUCCGAAGGUCCCCUAAUUAGUUGUUUUCGAUCGUUGUCAUUAAUGGCAUAUUGGCUUAUGAUACUACUAGGGAAGCUGCUUACCUUCUUGCUGGUGUCAAACUUCCUGCAGCAACAUUUUGCUAAUGGUGAGCCCCAAGUACCUUGUUUAUUCAUAUUUGGGGACUCGUUUUCCGAUAACGGGAACAAUAAUAACCGUGCAACGUUGGCAAAAGCUAAUUAUCGACCAUAUGGGAUUGAUUUCCCCAAAGGGACGACGGGGAGGUUUACCAACGGUCGUAAUCUGCCGGAUUUCAUCGCGGAAAAACUGGGUUUCCCUCAAAAUUCCAUCCCACCCUACGCUAAUGCUGCCGUCGGAUCGGUGGAGAAAAUACUUGAGGGUGUCAAUUAUGCAUCUGGCGGAUCGGGAAUUCUGACUGAAUCUGGAAAAACACUGGGUGAUCUGAUACCCAUGGAUGAGCAGUUGAUAAAUCACCAAAAAACGGUGUCGCGCAUUAUCAAUAAGUUGGGAAAUAAGAACGCCACUCAACUCUUAAACAAAUGCAUAUACUCGGUUGCAAUCGGCACUAAUGACUACAUCAAUAACUACUUCUUGCCGCAGUUCUACCCUACUAGUCGCAUUUAUACCCCUUCUCAAUACGCUGAAAUUCUCCUUCGGAAACACUCUCAGCAAUUAAGGACUUUGCACAAGCGUGAAGCAAGGAAAGUAGUCGUUUAUGGACUGGGUCUGCUCGGUUGUAUUCCAUAUGAAGUGAGAAUGUACGGAGCUAACAUUUCUGGAUGUGUCGACAAAAUCAACGAGGCAGUCAUGCUUUUCGAUAGUAGGCUUAAGUCACUGGUGUCCGACCUCAACAAUAAUCUAACCAAUGCUACUUUUAUCUUCAUAAACAGUACUGGAAUUUCGUUAGACAGCAAUAUUCAAGGUUCCAUUACAGUUUCAAAUGCGGCCUGCUGUCAAGUGUCGGAGCUGGUCUCGGCGCCACAAUGCAUACCUUUUGGAAAGACAUGCAGCAACAGGACCCAAUAUGCUUUCUGGGAUGAAGUGCAUCCAACUGAAACCACAUUUUCGGCUAUUGCGGCAAGAGCAUACAGAGCUCUGCUUCCAACUGAUUCUUAUCCAUUUGAUAUUCAACGCCUCGCCCAGCUCUAAUUAAAUUAACUAAUAUGCAUGGGAAGAGAAAACAUUCUCUGGUGAAAAUAAAUUAAUAAUUAUAUAUUGAUGUAAUAACCAUGCAUUAAUAAUAAUGCUUAAAUUGCUGAUGGGUACGUUUGAUCUAUAUAUAAUAUUCAAUAAAGUUUGUUCUAAAUUAAUA